UUGUAAUUAUCAUGACAUGUGAAGUUACAUUGAAGAUAUGUGGUUUCCAUAUUACUUACAAUUCCUUAUUUACUCUUUUGGAGUAAAUGUCUUUUUAUAUUUCAUCAGUAUUAUUUACUAUCACGAUGCGUUACUAUCUAGUUUCUAUACAAAUUUACAAGAAGAGUACGAUUAUAUUAUAGUUGGUGCUGGAACAGCUGGGUCACUGAUUGCUCAUAGAAUAGCAACAGAAACAAAUUUCACAUUUGUGGUGUUAGAGGCGGGAGGUAGAAGCUAUCCAUUGCUUGAAAUACCUUUCAUUGGACCACUUCUACAUGGAUCUAUUUAUGAUUGGCAGUAUGAAUCCACUCCUCAGGAGCAUGCUUGUCUUGCUAUGGUUGAAAAGAAAUGUAAAUUGACACAAGGGAAAAUUGUCGGUGGAUCAUCUAAAUUAAACAACAUGAUUCAUGUGCGCGGUAACAUUCCACAUUAUGUAAAAUGGUUCCAUGGAAAAUAUAAUGAAGAAUAUUUCAAGCAGCAUUUUGAAUACAUUGAAAAGAAUAUUUUUCAUCUUAACAAAGUACAAUAUCAAAGUGAAUUAGCGGAUGCUGUAAUAGAUGCGGCUAAUGAACUAGGAUAUAAGGAAUUUGAUCAAAAUUUCAGAACAAACUUUCAAAAGAGUAAGGUCACACAAAAAGACGGUAAAAGAUGGACAAUAUCAGACAAUAUAAACAGACAUGUAGUAACUAACGCUUUAGUAGAAAAGGUUCUCAUUGUUGACGAUGUUGCUUAUGGAGUUAGUGUACGCAUUUCAGAUAAAAUUCAUAAAUUAAUUGCAAGAAAAGGUGUUAUUUUGUCCGCUGGAACUUUAAAUACACCUAAAAUCCUUCAAUUGUCUGGCAUUGGACCAGCUGAAUUACUUAAAUCACUUAAAAUUCCAUUAAUACAAGAUUUACCUGUGGGUCAUAAUCUACAAGAUCAUAUUGGUACCGGAAUAGAGUUGAUAUUAUUUAAUAAAACAUUAUCUAUUAAUGCUGCAAAUAUGUUGAACCCUUUAAACUUAUAUUAUUAUCUACAAGGUAAAGGACCAUGGACAACUCCGGGAUGUGAAGUUAUUGGUUUUUAUUCGACUAAAAAUACAACAAGCCCGGAUGUUCAGUUUAUGAUUCUACCUGUAGGCAUUGCUUCAGAUAGAGGUAGUCAUUUGAGAAAAUCUUUAAGUAUUAAAGAUGAAAUAUGGCAUAAUUAUUUUACUAAAUCUUUCGAUAAACACACAUCGUCAUUUUUUACUACAAUUUUACAUCCUAAAAGCAAAGGUACUGUUUAUAUUAAGAGUAAAAACCCUAUAAUACCUCCUUUAGUUGAUACUAGAUAUUUAAGUGAGAAAGAAGAUAUUGAUGCUCUAAUUGCAGGAAUAAAAUUAGCUGUUAAACUAAUUAAGACUGAUUCGUUAAGAAAUAUAGGAGCUCAAUUAAAUACAAAUCCAUUUCCUGGAUGCAGUCAAUAUAAAUUAUUUUCUGAUAGAUAUUUACAAUGCUAUAUUCGACAUUUAACUUUAACGAGUUACCAUCUUGUUGGAACAUGCAGUAUGGGAUUGCCAGAAUCAAAAGAUGCAGUAGUUGAUACGUCAUUUAAAGUGUUAAAUGUCAACAUUCUAUACGUUGUCGAUGGUUCAGUGUUGCCAACAUUACCAAGUGGCAAUAUAAAUGCAGCUAUUGCUAUGAUGGCUAAUAUUUUCUUUGAAACAAAUGUAAAACAUUUACCCCGUAAUAAAGACAGUAAUAAUCAAUGUUAUAAAUAUAGUGAAUUAUAUGAAUAUUUAUUCAAAGUAUCUUCGGAACGGCUGUACAAACUCGCUGAAAAUUUGGCAAAAAUGUACAACAUAGUCUGGAAGAAUGAACACAUAGGCUACUAAUUAAGUUUAUUUUCAGUUUCGCGCGGACAAGGUCACGGGCGAUAGCUAAUUAAAAACAGGUUAUGAUGCGGGUUGUUAAAAUAAUUUAAAUGAAUACCAAAUAGACAAUAAAGACUUUAUUUAUUGUAUUUAUUUAAGGUCACUUCUACACAUUAAUAUUGCGCACAGUAUACUUUGAGCUUUUCAAAAACAACACUAGUUACUUAGAUAAUACUAUACUACUGGACGAAAAUCACAAAUUGUACAUAAUUCAAACACAAAUUAAAAAAAAAAAAUUUAAUGUGUUGCCAUAUGAAAUGUCUAAAGAUCUAAAAGGCAGAGUCUGUCCAUCAACAUGUUACCUUUGUCUAUAACUGCGCUAAAGGAUAUCUAUAUUUUAUAUACAUUUGUAAUUUAGUGUACAUUAAAAAGUUGGUAAAUUAAUUUAAUGUUCCAAAUUAAAGGGUGACAACACUGUAUUGUAGAUUCAUAUUAUCGUAUAAUAAAAAGUACAAAAUAAAAAUCGC